AUGGAAUAUGAAGGGUUUAAAAGAUGUAUGGAGUUCCUCUUGUCUCUGCCAACUGGAAUAUCAACAUUUGUCUCAGACAGACACUCUUCAGUCAUAAGACACAUGAAGGAGGAUCUUCCUAAUAUCAAACACUAUUUUGAUCUGUGGCACUUGAAAAAAAAGGUUCGCAAGACCCUUAAAAAUAUUUCAAAGUUGAAGGGUUAUGAAGACAUUACAAACUGGAUACAGCCAUGUGUGAAUCAUCUCCACUGGAGUGCAACAACUACACCAAGUGGUGAUGGAGACAUUAUCCUUGCCAAGUUCAAGUCCUUUUUAAGCAACAUUGUUAAUAAGCAUGAAGGCCUUCCAAACCAUUUGUUCAACAAAUGUGCUCAUGGUGAUGAUAUUAAACAGCGCCAAUGGUUGAAAAAAGAGUCUGAUGCCUUUGAAAAGCUUGAGUUAUCCCUGACGACAAAGUCUUUAGAAAAAGGCAUUCAGCAGGCCUCCCCAUUAGCUCAGACAAGUUGUCUGGAAGCAUUUCAUUCAGUGGUCAAUCACUUCAGCCCUAAAAUGAUUGGUUUCUCUUAUGUUGGAAUGUAUUGCAGGCAUGCUUUGGCUGCCUUACAUUUCAACUUCAAUCUAAACAGAGAGGUUAAAACAAACGAAGAUGGUACCCCCCAAAUAGCUGUCCAUUACCCAAAGUUUAAGAAUGGAGAGGCAACUAUCAAGGAGGUUAAAAUAAACCAAAAUUUUGAUUAUGUCUCUGAGUUGUUUGAAACAAUUUUAAAUAUGACAGCAGAAGAAAAAGAGCAGGCAAUGGUUGAAUUGCACACUGCCACACCACAACCCUUAUGUGCAGAGUUUGACAAGGAGACAAGGGAAGAGGCUGUUGAGAAGCGCACAAAACGGCAAAACAUGUGCAUGCAGGAAGUACCAGCAACAUGUCUGGUUGCAGAAUCCAAUACAACUGAAGCUGCACCCAGAAAACUUCAAAAAUCGCCACAUUGCCGUCUUUGCAAUAACCCAAUGAAAGGGCAUAAAGAUAUAUCUGAUUGCCCAAGGAACCAGCAAAGACAAUAAUUUAUGCUAAUU